AAAUUAUUGUUAAUUAUAUAUUCUCAUAAAGCUCCCUGCACUUGGAGAUGUAGGUUAUUUACAAAUAUACAAUAAUGAAUGUAUAUUAUAAUUUGUAUUUUAGAUAUACCAGCAAACUUCUGAAGCCUCAUUGUAGGAAAGUAAGUUUAUGCAAAGUCUUCAACUCCAACAUUAGAUACAGAACAAAAGCCGACAUGGAGAUAAAAUGCAGGGAAAACCCAAUAGUUAUGAAGCUAGAUAGUCCAGAAUUUCAUAGCAUAUUUAGCCAGGAGGUAAAAGACCUAAAGAAGCUAUUUGAUGCAUACAAAUAUGAAAUAAGAAUUGCUGGUGGAGCUGUGAGAGACCUGCUACUAGGAAAACAGGCAAAAGAUUUGGAUUUCGCCACUACGGCCACACCACAACAAAUGAAGGACAUGUUCACAGCUGAAAACAUCAGGAUGAUCAACAUGAGUGGUGAAAAACAUGGAACCAUUACAGCCCGGUUGAACGACAAGGAAAACUUUGAGGUUACCACUUUGAGAGUGGAUGUAGUCACCGAUGGAAGACACGCUGAAGUGGAGUUCACCAAGGACUGGAAGCUCGAUGCAAACCGGAGAGAUCUCACUAUAAAUUCUAUGUAUUUGGGUUUCGAUGGAUCUGUAUAUGACUACUUCUAUGGAUAUGAUGACCUGUUAAAGAAGAGAAUUGCAUUUGUCGGAGAUCCAGACGUGAGGAUAAAGGAGGACUACCUAAGGAUAAUGAGAUACUUCAGAUUUUAUGGCAGAAUUUCAGAAAAAGCAGACAAUCACGAUGAUAGCACCAUACAAUGUAUUAAAAACAAUGCCAAGGGUCUCCAGAAUGUCUCGGGUGAAAGGAUUUGGGUGGAAUUAAAGAAAACACUACAAGGAAACUUUGCUGGUGAACUUCUUAAGCUUAUAAUGGACCUGGGUACAGGGAAAUUCAUAGGGAUUCCAAAUCCUAACCUAGAGGAACUUUGCCGAUUGAUGAAAAGAAGUGGCCACUUGAAUUUGCACCCCAUGACCUACCUGGCCUCUCUUAUGCAUGACAUUGAUGAUGUCACAAUACUACACGGUAGACUUAAAUUUUCUGCCUACGAAAGAGAUAUGACGUAUUUCCUUGUUGAGCAUAGAGAUAUCAAAGCUGGAUCCAGACCAUUACAGCCCUAUGAAAAAUUUGUAUUGACCUCAAAAAUAAAGCAGAAAGACAUGAUAGAUUAUGUAUGUGAACUUUUAAAAUACAAGGGUGAAGAAGUCCUGCUAGAAGAAUUUAAGAAGUGGGAGAUACCAAAGUUUCCCAUCAAUGGCAAAAUUCUUAAGGAAAAUGGAGUCCCACCGGGUACAAUGUAUGGGCCUAUUAUAAAUAAACUGAAGAACCUAUGGAUUGAAAACCAGUACAAGCAGUCUGCCGACGACUUAGUUAAAUUCAUACCAUCUAUUAUAGAGGAAAAUAAAAAGAAAUAAUA